AUGGUGGAGAGCUCGGCCAACGGGCCCUUCCCAGCCGACUCGAAGCGGAACAGUCCAGGCUCGGGCUCCGAUCAAAAGACAACAGGACUCGAAGACUUGGUAGCUCAGGCGGCGGAAGGCGAAUCUGACGAGAAGCAGUACAUCCCUGCAGACCUUCCCUUCACCCAUCGAGAGCAUCCCGUGCAGAAGCUGUUUGACGCUCACCUGCAGCGCUCCGUGGUGAGAUGGGGAUUCGAUCAAACAUUGGCUACCAGACCGAGUGUCCCCGCUCUCAUGGAGAUGAGCAUUUCGGGGAUCCGGGGGUUUGACGUUGCGUGUGGCGUACGAUUGCUGGCCAUUCUGCGGAACCAAGGUGUUCUCAUCGAUACGCAGAUAGUGCGAGCGGCAGUCAUCUCGCGCAUCGCCUUGGGUCAGGUGCCUGGUCGGCCGAGGCAUCGAUCCAGGGACAAGAAUGAGAUGGCAGCAGAGCAUCUGAAGAAUCUGGUCGAGGAGGCCUGGGGCUCAGCCAUCUUCCCCAGCCUAUCAGAUAUGCUCGAGGAGCUUGAACGACAGAAGCCAAAACUAUGGAGCCGGUAUUCGAAGCUAUUUGGCAAAGCGUUCGACAAGGACAAUAAGCGCAGAGCUGGCACAAGGUCAUGA